AUCCGCCUUCCGGCUCAUAAGCUCCGCCCACUGGCUUCACUUUUUUUUAGUACAGCGGAAUAGGCGCAUACCGUCUUCAAUAUAACCUUGAUAACAACUCUUAUUUUGGCUUUUCUCAAAGUGUGUAGAAAAGAUAAAAACGACGUAAUUUAGUACGAGUUUGUCUGACGAAGAUGCUAAUACAUAGAUAAAAAUGAAGAUCACAAAAUCGUUCGUGACAAUCCGGCGCCAUUCGGUUACUGCCGCCUGGGACACAAAUCGCAUGGAAGCCGCCGCCUGCCGCUGCUUGGGACUGUCGAAGAGCUCUAGCUCGGAUGUCAGAACAAUAACCUGCGAAUCACAUCUCAUUACCGAUAUUGAAUGAAUAAUUUGAGGGAGUCGCCUUUGAAGAUGAAAAAUAUGAACACUGAGAAUAUAACUGAGGACGAAGCGGCUCUUUAUGACCGCCAGAUAAGGCUUUGGGGUCUGGAUGCACAAAAGAGGUUGCGAGCAGCCCGUGUGUUACUAGCAGGAGUAUGUGGUCUUGGGGCUGAAGUUGCAAAAAACUUAGUUUUGUCAGGUGUGAAGUCUCUUGUGCUGUUAGAUCAUCGCAAUGUCACAGAAGUUGAAACUCAUUCCAACUUUCUUGCACCUCAUGAUUCAAUUGGAAAAAAUAUAGCUGAGGCAUCACAGGAGCGAACCCAAAUAUUGAAUCCUAUGGUACAAGUUACUGCAGAUUCAAGCAACAUUGCAGAUAAAACCAAUGAGUUUUUUACUCAGUUUGACAUUGUGUGUGUCACACGAUGUCGGCAAGCUGAACUGAUCAGAAUCAAUGAUAUAUGUCGGCAAAAUAAUAUCAUGUUUUUUGCCGGUGAUGUGUUUGGAAUGUUUGGCUACAUGUUUGCUGAUCUACAAGAACAUCAAUAUGUGGAGGAAGUGAAAGAGAGGAAACAAACAGAACAGAAUGGAAAGAAACAGAUAGUGGAAGAGACCAAAGUAGUGAAACAAACAGAAAAUUUUGUUCCACUAAGCCAAGCCUUGGAUGUUGAUUGGACCUCAAAAAAGUAUGGCAGUCAAUUGCGCAGAACUUCCCCAGCGUACUUCAUCAUGCAGAUUAUCAUGGAAUUCAUCAGUUUACAUGGAAGGAAUCCAGAUCGUAGCCAUCAAGAAGAAGAUGAAAUAGAACUCCUAACUAUAAAAAAUGCAUUGUUAGAGAAGCUGAAUGUCCCUGCAGAAAAAGUUAGCAACCAAUUUGCUGGAAUUGUGUUUGGACAGCUGAGUCCAGUGUGCGCUAUUGUGGGCGGUGUGCUGGCACAAGAGAUCAUAAAGGCAGUCUCCCAGAAGGAUCUACCACAUAAUAACUUCUUUUUCUUCUCUACUCUGGAUGGUGCUGGGGUGGUGGAAUGCAUCGGACAUUGAACUGAUUCCAGUGCUGCUUCAUCUCUCAAACUAGCAGAAUCAGCAAACUGAAUGCCUAUCAGGGUUAUUAGUUGAUUUACUGGGAAGGGGAGAAUUACUGCCUAGAUAAAUUAAAUCUGUAUUUUGAUUUAUAUAUAUAUAUGUUUUACAUAUAAUUAUUUCAUAAAUUUUAUUUUUAUUACUGUUGAAUCUCCAAUUAAUGUAUAAAAGGGGAUCACCAAAGGUCUGUUAAUGGGAAACGUUUGUUACUGGAACACCAUACCACAUGUUCAGUACCACCAUUUACAUUAACACUUCCAGCCUCAGCAUAACAUAUCAUGUAUAUUAAAGAUAUUUGUAUUCAGGAUACUACAUAAAUUAGAUAUGCAGGAUUUCUCAAAUUACAUGAGUUUAAAAUGCUUAUUUUUGGAAUAACAUGAGAUGAAAAAUACCUAAUUUUUCAUAUUAUGCAGAUUAUACGGAAUAACACAGUGUCAAGAAAAGCAAGUUACAUGUAACUGGUUUAGUACCUUGAUAUGGCCUCCAGAUGUUGCCUUUGCCACUGGCUUCAGAUUCCGCUGUGAAUGGAGCUCCUCACCAGUCAACCUCCAAGAGGCAUAGAGACGAGAGGGUUGUGCAGUGUGUUGAUAAGUAGAUGACUUGGUUGUAGUUUAGGCUCCUCCUUGUCAUUUGUUGAAAUCAUUGUCUGGCCAAUGUACCCAGUCCAUUAAACCGAAGUAUGUUAAAUGGAGGGUCGACUAUGUUAUGUAUUUAUAUUUUUUUAUUAUUUACACGUAUUUAUUUAUUUAUUUAUUUAGUUAUUUAUUUUUAUUAAUUAAUUUAUUAUUAUUAUUAUUAUUAUUAUUAUUAUUUAUUUUAUUUAGUUAUUUGUUUAUUUAUUUUAUUUAUUUUUUAUUUAUUUUUUUUUUGUGUGUGUGUGUGUUCUUUUGUAUGUAGUAGUUUUUCUACUUGUAGUUUUAAGCUUAACACUUUCAAUAAAUUGAAUUUAAGUA